AUGGCGUCUGCACAUGGGCUUCCGACAGCGACGUCAACACCGCAGAAAAAGUUGCGCCGCAAUAGGUUCCAUCGUCAACUUGAUCAAACGGCGGUUAGUUUUUGCUUUGGGAUGAAGGAUACUCGGCAACGAGAUCAACGUCCAAGACAGCCCCGGGCUCCACUCUGUUUCCAAGUCCUUCAUGUCAUUGCGAUGGCGAUGGAGAAAGGUGGACGGUGGAGAAAGGAUAGACAAAAGAUGGGCAUGUCAAUGGCAGCCAUGCGCCCUCAUCACUCGCCAACUCAACCCGUAUCUGGCCUUCUUCCGUCAUUACGGGGGGGUCAGGGUCUCGGAAAAGACGACAAGGGGUCAUUUAGACAAGCUCGAGUCAGCAACGGGGAUGAGGAUGGGGCCGAAUUAGCUCCCAAGGGACCUCGCAAGCCAGGAUCCGAGACGGUUGUGGGAGCCAAGAAUACUGACCUUGCAACUUCUCUCUUCUUUUCAAGCGUCAAAGACCUGAUUCUGCAUCUCGGUGAUCAUGGCCGUUCACAAGACUCUUUCUCGGAGAGGGUCUCGAGAGAGGAAGUCGGGAAAAACUUUGGCAAGGAUGGCACCACACUAGCGUCAAAGGUAGGCGAACCUAAUCCACGACUACACUACAGCCGAGCGGAGGACCGCAAAGAGCCAAGUCGGACGGCUCUUAUUGGCAUUACACAAGAAUAUCUGCACGAGGAUUCCAUGUGCCAUGAUAUCAUGACAGCUUGCUAUCCCACGCACCGCCUUUUAAGCCUGGGGCCAAUGGGCCCUUGA